UAAUAAUUUAAUGCAGACAAUUAAAACCAACCAUGUGUGAAUUUCACGCAUGAAACCAAGUGGCCAAAAAACACCUCUGCAUUGCAUGUCUGUGCAAUAUUAGUCACCAUGACUUUAACCAACCCUUACUCCCUACCAUUCAAAACUGACUUCCUUUUUUUUUCUUCAAGUUUAAAUGAGGAAAUGGCUUUUGGGUUUCCUUUUGCUCACCGCAGACUCUCCUCCACGGGAGGGGCGGGAAUAUCCCCCUGAGAAUAAGCAAGUCAACAACAUAAAAAUCCAACAGGUAAGACAGAGGCAGUUCAUUGAACACACACAGCAAAGAUGGCAAACUUUAAUUUCUGUGAGUCCGAUAAGACAAAACGAUGCUCUUUUAUGCCGGUGGGUUCUAUGCUUGAUUUUUUUAAAAAUCUCAAUGUUCUGUCCAAUUCAGACGUGAUCAGCUGUUUGCUCCUCACAUCCACACUGAAGUGGCGCACAUCCACAUCACUGCCGGUGCACAACCAGGUGAGCGCAGAAGAGUGCGCAAACUGCUCCGCUCUCCUUAAGAGCCUCUUGGCUAAUAUCACAGGCCUUCUCAGCAGUGACAUUGUGUGUUACGGCAUCCCGUCUGACAAAGCGAUUGUGAGCAGCUCAGCCAAGACGGUGCAAGCCUGCGCGCCUACAGUGCAACAGAAUUUCAACUGCAUUGUGCAAAGAAAUACAUCCUUCAGUGAGAGAGAAUGUGUGACGAGCAUCAUGAAGGACAUGGUCCACUACGAAGCUCUCAUUCAGUCCUACCUCAACCUGACACUCAGAAGCACCGCAGAAGAAACAGCAGUUCUGAGCCCAACCCUGGAAACAAUCCACAACCUGAAGAACUGUUUCCUGAGAGUGAACGGAGGGAUGAACUCUGCUGAGGAGGACACGUCCCAUUUGUGGGGAGACAGCAGCUUCACCAACCGACGUGAGAUGUGCAAGAUGAUGAGAGGCUUCCACAUCCGAGCCAUCACCGUCAACAGAGCGAUGAGCUACAUCAACUCUGGAGACCACCGGAAGUAGACCACAUGCGAGAUUACAAAAGUUUGAUUUCCACCCAACAGCAAGGGUAUUUUUUUUAUGGAAAAAAAUAUUUAAAAAAUUGUUUUUACGGAAAAAUAUUAGUGCUAACUACUGUUAGCCAAUGAACAUUUUCAUCCAAAUAUCUCUUCCAAAAACAAUGUACUGAUCCGCACAUUACCUAAAAUAAAAAUGUUCGAUCAAAAUUGCGCGGAUUGUUACGUUUGUUGCCAGGCAGACUUCGUAGGGGAUGAUCGUUUAUGCCUCAAAAGCCCAUUAAGUUUAAGAAAGAAAAAAAAAUUCUCCUGGUGUCAAACUCGAGUUUACAGUGGGCCAAAGUUAAAAAUUGGGACAAAGUCGCGAGCCAAACUUAAUAUUUAUUGAAAAUUAACUGCAAUUGUGCAUGUUUUCCCUCCUCUCCAGAUAUGUAAUAUUAAACAUUAUCAAAUGUAAACAAACUUAUGUUUUGCUGAAACUGUUCUGAUGAGGAAAAUCUUUAACUAACUGCUGAAUUAUUUUGCCAAGUCAGAGCUGCAUACGUCGUUCUAAGAUAACCAUCAAUCAGCGGUCAUGUUGGCCAAUUUCUCUG